GGGGGUUUCGAAGGAGGCCUCAGGCUUUCAGGGAACUUGGUUUCUCGGAUGGAGUCCUGUUUUCAGUUGCGGAGAGCUUGGGCCCCGGGGACGUGCUGUCCUCUGGGCUGUGUUCCCCCCUCCCACACACACACAGACGGGCUGGGGACGAACCAGUGUCCUUCUCUGAAAGCCCGCAGCUCGAGGGCAGGAAAUCGGGAAGGUGUCUGGAGCCUGGGGACGGCAAGUCCUGCCUCCAGAGGUGACAAGGGUCCGCUGAGACAAUCCUGACCACAGCCGAGGUCACAGCCGAGGUCACAGCCGAGGUCGCGCUGACUGCCAGAGCGUUGCCUGCUUUUCUAGGAACUGAAGCGCUUUCUCUCUAUGGCCAUGGGGAGGCCGCGGGUGUCCUGUUCAGGCCUCCUUGUCGUGUGGUUUCCUGAUGCUGAGAUGGCCUCUGUGUGGGAUGCUGAGGGCACGCCUGGGGGCCGAGGAGCCAGAGGACACGGGCCGCCCAGAGGAUGGCAGGGCUGGGCUGGACCCUGAGCCGGAGGCCAGGGAGGCCGGCAGGGCCGAGGAGAUGCUGUGGCUGCAGCAGCAGGUCUCGGGGCUCCGAGAGGCAUUCAGGAGGCAGGAGGCCCACUGGGCAGCCACGCACCGCGCACUCCGGGCCCAGAUGGAUGCGCUGACGAGGCAGAACCAGGAGCUGUGGGCUGGGCUGAGGGCCUCUGAGCUGUGGCGUCUGGAGACCAAGAAGGCCCUGGCGGGGUCCCUUCGGAGACAGUCGGACACUCAGCCCAUGUGUGUAGAGGUGGAAAGAAUCCACUCUGGGGAAACGGUACCAUGUGACGGUGGAGACAAAACCCUUUCCAGGAAGCAAGACAGAAGCGCAAAGCCUCCCAGGAGGGAAACGCCCCGUGAAGACAAUCCAACCUCAUUUGAGGACGAAAAGAAAUGGAGCUGCGGGGAGUCCCUGGUGCCAGCAGCUUGUGUCAUUGCCCUUGAGGACCCGCCAGCUGCUGACCACGCGGACACCCACCCGUCGCCCCCUGAGAGCUGUGCAGGCAGCCCCCCAACCCAGGCUCCGAGGGCUGAGUCCACGUGUUCCUCCCUGGACAUCGAGGAGCCACAGAAUCUUCCUACAGAACCAGAGUCUCCCCCCAAAACAGCCCAGCACCAGGGCGCCCAGAGACAACAGGAGGAAGGGGAGGAAGUCCAGCACCCCGACGACAAGGUAGGUGGACGGGCUCGGCCCACCCUCCCCAGCUGCAUUCCUGUGCCCUUGCCGGCUGCACCUGCCGGGGGCUCCGAGCCAGAGGCGGGCAGUCAUCAGUUCUGGCAUCGUCAUUAGCUGACAGUUUGUUUCUAGCAAAUCAAGCCACGCACUUUCCAGGAGUUAAAAAAAUGAAACAUAAAUUGCCGCUUAUUGCGGGAGUCUCUCCCAGGCUCUGCUUUUUACCUCCCCAGGGAGCUUCCUGAAGGUCACGUCCACGGUGGCGUUAUCUCAAGAAGGGGGCAGAGAGGGAACAAGCCAGAGUUGCAGCGACCAGCCUCUGCAAGCUGCCAGGAGCCUGUGCGCCCAGAGCAGGGAUCACAGCUCCUCGUUCAGCUGGGCGGUGCGAGCGCUUGGAGCCGCUUUCAUUGGCCUGUUAGAGGCUGAGUCUUCCCCUGGUUUCGAGGUAUCUCUGCCCUAAAGAGAGGUAGACCUGCGCUCCUAUAAACAGAAAAAGCGUUUGCUUAAAUGAACAACAGGGGAUGCUACCUGCAGU